GGCAACAUGUCGUCAGUCGCCACUGCAGCUCGCUAUCCGUCCCUCACCGUCAGCCACAGGGCUUACUAAUCUCCUUCCGCAGGAAUAAUGAUCGCUCAGGUGACCUUCGCCAUCCUGGUGGGAUACGCUUCGUGUUUGGCCACACACUACGGUGCCGGCGCAGGCCACUAUGGCGGUGGUGCAUUCGGCUACAGUGGAGGCCUUAUAGCUGCUCCUGCUGUCAUCAAAGCCGUCGCUGCCGAACCUGUCUACCCCCCGCAGCCGUAUGAGUUCGGCUACGACACCGUGGACGAGUUUGGCACCAGGCUUACUCGCCAGGAGAGCAGUGACUCGGCCAACCAGAAGAAGGGCUCGUACGGCUACACCGACGCUAACGGCAUCUACCGCCAAGUGAACUACGUUGCCGAUGCUGGAGGCUUCCGCGCCACCAUCUCCACGAAUGAGCCCGGCACCGCCCCCGGCGAGACUGGCGGAGCCGUGUUCGAUGCCAAGCCCGUCGCCGUGGUCGACAAGCACCACGUCAAGGCGGCGGCCGCCAUCCUGGCUCCCACCUACGCCGUUCAUCCGGGAUACUACGGCAAAUAUUGAGCG